CGGUGCGUUAAGAAAGAAAGACGAAACAAACACUGGCACUGUGGCCAAGCUCUCCCUCACUUGCUCCUCCCCUUCUCACACAAAUCCCAAAACCUACUUCGCAUUCAACCAUUCCAUGGACGAGGCGCUUUUACCUCACACUGAUGAAGAGAGGGGCGGCUGGAAGACCUUCCCGUUUAUAAUAGGGGCGAUUAUGGGAGUGGCGAUGGUGGCGUAUGGGGUUUCCUCCAACCUGGAGGUGUACCUGAUCAAGGGGUUCAACGUCGGCCAGAUCGAUGCCACGCAGAUCAAUGGCAUUGCCAGCGGCUGCAUCAGCUUCGCUCCCGUCGUCGGCGGCGUCCUCGCCGACUCCUUCCUCGGUUGCUCCGCCGUUCUUGCCGCCGCUGUGGUCGCCUGCUUCUUGGGCAUGCUUCUCUUCACAUUAACGGCUAUUCUACCCUCCUUGCACCCACCACCUUGUGCUCCUCCCACCCCUUGCCAACCCCCAAUGACUGCCCAUCUUACCGUUCUCUUUACCGCCAUAGCCCUUCUUGCCACCGGUGUUGCUGGAACUCGCUAUAAUGGUAUGACCAUGGGUGCCAACCAGUUUUCUACUGAUUCCGACCGUACUGCCUUCUUCAAUUGGUGCUUUGUUUCCCUCUACCUCUCCUCCAUCGCUGGCACCACCAUCCUUGUCUACAUCCAAGACUCAGCUGGCUGGCACUGGGGCUUUGCCCUUUGCACCGCCAUCACUGCUAUUGCCUUCCUUUUCUACCUCUUUGGAAGACCCUACUACCUCCACUCAAAACCCAACCUCAGUAGAAAUCACUUAAUGAGCUUCUGCAGAGAAGGAAAGCUUCUCAUUAGAUUUCUCCCAAUAAUCUCUAGUGGGAUAUUACUCAGCGCCACCAUUUCAGUACAGACGAGCUUGACAGUUCUGCAGGCCUUGGCAAUGGACCGCAGCCUAACCCACAAUUUCUUUAUUCCUGCUGGCUCAAUGAAUGUCUUUGUGCUUGCAACCGCUGCCACCUCCAUCACAGUGCUUGGUUGCACCAGAUGCAGGCUAUCACCACUUAGUGGCAUCACCAUUGGGCAUGUUAUCAAUAUGUUCGCAAUGGUUGCAAUGGCCUUAACUGAAUCAAGAAGGCUUGCUGUUGUAGCCACUAACACUUUCUCAGUGCUUUGGCUUGUGCCACCCCUUGUACUCAUAGGUUUUGGAGAAGCGUUUCAUUUUCCUGCUAGUGUUGCAUUUUAUUACCAGGAUUUUCCUGCAUCACUGAGAAGCACCGCAACAGGAACUUUUGCUGUUGUGUCUGGGACUGGUUUUUAUAUGAGCUCAGCAAUUAUCGCAGUGAUACGUCGUAGCACUAACUGGCUUCAAGAUGAUGUUAAUGAGUCUCGGUUGGAUAAUGUCUACUUAACUCUGGCUGGUUGUUGCUUGCUCAACUUUGUGUACUUCCUGCUUUGUGCUUGGCUCUACAAAAAGAACACGGAGAAUAGGGAGCCGAAACGGGAGGAAAUCUAUUAAAUUGUACAUAUUAUAGAGUGGACUGCUACAAAUGAGUAAACCUAUGACGUUUCAUGUUUGUAUGAGUUUCACAUUCUAAACCAUUGCAAUUUGAUCAUGACAUGGCAAAUGAAGAAGACACUAGCACCUAAAGUAUCUAUUGUAGGACAAAUUGUAUGGUAAGAAUGAUAUAUUUAUGCCCAAAUAAUAUUUCUCUUAUUUUACUUCU